GCAAUAAUCUCGUUUAUCAAAACGUUGACUAUACUAACACUAAUUACACUCCUCAAAAUUCGGCUCAUAAUAAUUUUAUUCAACAAAUCCCUUUUGACAAUAAUUACAUUAAUCAAAACUUAACCAUUCCUCAAAACAAUUUCGUUGACCAAAAUAAUGAUACGAUGGCCAAUAACAGUAAUGUUCUCAUUAACCAAGACCUAACUAAUGCUGUGAGGGUUAAUCAUCAUCCGAAUAAUACUUUUGACAAUAAUUUUAUUGGGCAAAGUUCUCAUCAAAAUCCCAUCGGUGCCAAUAAUUUCGUUAACAAUGACAAUGAUCAAUUACCACUACUUAUUAACAUAGUAGCUCAACUUCAAACCCUCCAGAAUGACCCGUUGUCGUAUAGUGGCAGUACAUCGCGUUGUGGCCGCGCUAGCCCUGGUUCGAUUCCAGGCAACGGCACUUCAUUUUUAUUGUUGAUUUUAUUACCAAUCUCAUCACUACUGGUAGUUAAUGCGAUAAAAUUUGACAUUCAAGCACAUCCAGAAGGUUUAGUUAAAAGAAAGUGUAUUACACAAUAUGUUCCGACUGAUACUUUGGUAGUGGUAACAAUAAAAGUUGGGAUUGGUUAUAAUCAACAGAUAGAUGUUGAAGUGACAGAUAAUAGUCCUGCACAUAACGAGUAUGGAAGGAAACGUGAUAUGAACGAGGAGACUCGCAUAGCGUUCACUACUCACGUCGAAGCAGAUGUUUCUAUUUGUUUCACUAAUACCUUAGAAGAUGAUGUAGGAGCUGAAGCAAUUGAUUAUAAUCAAUUAGCUAAGGCUGAAAAAUUAAAACCAAUGGAAGCAGAAUUAAGAAAAUUGGAGCAGAUUGUUCAAGAAAUUGUUGAUGAAAUGGAAUAUUUAAGGAGAAGAGAGGCUAGAAUGAGAGACACUAAUGAAUGGAAACUUAUGAUUCUUUACAAGUAUUUUAAUAACCAUUCCAUGUUUUUAUUAUUUAUUACAUUUGUUACAAUGUCUUGGUUUUUCAUUGGAAAAUCUUUAAUUGGAAUUAAAUUUCGACAAUGGGAAGAGUUUGAAGUUGAAUUGCCUUCAGAGGCUAAACCAGGUUGGAAAGGGAAAAUUCUUGAAAAUCCAAAAAUAAUGGAUAUGAAUAGUCCAGGAUAUAUUAUAUGUUAUGAUCCAUCUACAGGUCAAUAUCUAGGUAAAACACGAGCACAUACUGAUCAAGAUGUUCAGGAGGCACUGAGAAAGGCUCAAAAAGCUCAAAAUAAAUGGUCAAAAACAUCAUUUGCUGAAAGAAAUAAAUUUUUAAAUAGUUUGUUAAAUUUUAUUAUUAAAAAUCAACAAGAAAUUUGUUGGGUUUCUAGCAGAGAUACUGGAAAAACAUUGGUUGAUGCAGAAUUUGGUGAAAUUCUUACAACUUGUGAAAGAAUAAGAUGGACUAUUGAAAAUGGCGAAAAAGAAUUAGCGCCUCAAUAUCACGAUCCAAGUCCUAUAUUACCUUAUAAAAUUGCUAAAAUUGUUUAUCAACCAUUUGCAUUAUAUUCAGGGAAUGGAAUUUUGGUUAAAGCAUCAGAACAAGUUGCAUGGUCAAUGAAAUAUUAUGAAAAUAUUAUAAAGACAUGUUUAAUUGCAUGUGGCCAUGAUCCUGAUAUUGUACAAUUUUUGUGUGGUUUUGCUGAAUGCGGUGAAGCUAUUGUCAAAAGUGGCGUUGAUGGAGUGACUUUUAUUGGAUCAUCAGAAGUUGGAAAAAAAGUCAUGAAAACAGCAUCAUAUAAUUUAACACCAUGUAUAUUAGAAUUAGGUGGUAAAGAUUGUGCAAUAAUUAGACACGAUACAAAUCUAAAUGCUGCAAUCCCAAUAAUUAUGCGUGGUACUUUCCAAAACUCUGGUCAAAAUUGUGUUGGUAUAGAAAGAGUUUUAAUUCAUGAAUCUUUACAUGAUGAAUUUAUUAAAAAAGUCACUAAACAAAUCGAAUUGAUGAGAAUUGGUAGUGCAUUAAAUGACAAUGACCAGUUUACUGUUGAUGUUGGUGCGCUAACAAUGAGUGGUCAGGCAGAAAGAUUAAAAUCAAUUGUACGCACUUCGAUAAAUGAAGGUGCAAAAUUAAUGGCAGGUGGGGACAUUUACACGCAUCCAAAAUAUCCAACUUCACAAUACUUCCAGCCAACACUUAUAACAGAUGUGACCAAAGAGAUGUCAAUUGUUCAACAUGAAUUGUUUGGACCAAUAAUGGUAGUAAUGAAAUUUUCAACAGAUGAAGAGGCAAUUGAAAUAUGCAAUAGUUCACCAUAUGGAUUGGGUAAUUCCAUAUUUACCCAAAACACUCCUAUAGCUGAAGAAAUGUCAUAUAGGUUAAGGUGCGGUAUGGUGAACAUUAAUGAUUUUGGUUCUAGUUAUUUAUCAAAUUUACCAUUUGGUGGUGUUGGAAUAUCUGCAGAAGGAAUAAGAUCAUUAUGCUUAAAGAAAUCUAUCACGUUAGAUAAAUAUCCUAAAUUUAUUACAACCACAAUACCAAGAAUUGUCAAUUAUCCGUUAUCAACUAACUCAUCAAUAUUUGUGUCCAGCUUAGUUAAAACCAUUUAUGAAAUUAAAAUAUCAAACAAGAUUAAAGGUUUGGUUGCUUUGCUUCGAAACUUUCUUGGUUAUUGA